AUCAGACACCUUGUAGACGAGAAGACAACGCGCGCACGACUCACGUGCGAAGGUAAAAUGCAGCUGAACAAUCGGACGAGGCUCGCAAGUCUAAAGCUGACUGUAAUCAACUAACAUUAAAUUAAGAGAAGAAGAAGAGCCAUGAAGAAACACCUGAGUCCUACUAAACAACAACAACAGCAGCAGCAGCAGCAGCAGCAGCAACCACCGGCUGAUGUCCCGGCGUCCAGCGGCGAGGUUACUGUGCAACAACUCAACGAGCUGCUGUCCAACGGGAGCGGCUUCUACAGCUUACCCACACAACACUUCAACGAGGUGUUCCCCAGGAUAUACAUCGGCAACGCGUUUGUCGCCCAGAAUGCAAUGCGUCUGCAGAAACUCGGGGUGACGCACGUCCUGAACGUGGCAGAGGGAACCUCCUUCAUGCACGUCAACACCAGUGUGGAUUUCUACGCCGGCACGGGCAUCACGUACCACGGCAUCCAGGCCAACGACACAGAGAAGUUCCACCUCAGUGCCUUCUUUGAGGAGGGGGCUGAUUUUAUCGACAAGGCCCUAGCACACAAUAACGGCAAAGGAAAGGUUUACGUCCACUGUAGAGAAGGCUACAGCCGCUCGCCCACCAUGGUCGUCGCUUACCUCAUGCUGCGCCAUAAAAUGGACGCCCGGCUGGCCGUGUCCACCGUGAGGCAUAAGAGAGAAAUCGGCCCCAACGACGGCUUCCUUCGCCAACUGUGCCAACUGAACGAGAAGCUGGCCAAGGAGGGCAAGCUGAACGGGGAGGUGGGCAAACUAAAGACCAAAUGAAAGCAGGAAGAGACCCUCUGCCCUCGUCUCCUCCCAUCAUGCCUUUCACAGGUUUUUAGCUGCUCUCAGAGUCCAACCCUACCCUGACCAAACCAGCACCCAUUCUGACAAACAGGGGUAUUCUGAGACACAAACAUACAUGCAUUUAUGUGUAUCGAUAACUCUCCCUCAUGCACACAUUUGAUCUCACACACCCUGUUCUUCUUUCUUCAGUUCACGUCUGUCACUCUGCCAGGAGCGUCCGACAGUCGUCUGUCUGCUCCCACAAAGAGCAUUAAGUCAGAAUUUUAAACAAACACACCCUCUGUACCUUUUUUUAAACUUCACUCCACACAGGUUUAUGUGCAAAAGUCUCGUACCUGAAAAGCUCUGAGUUGUUAUCAUGUUCGAGCUGAGAUACUGAAAGCAUUCCUUCAGUUCCCACAGGUUGAUAAAGGUGAAAACUUUGCCCUGGUUUUUUAAGAUUAUAGCACAAUCAUUCCAUAGUUUUCCACUGCCGGGUAUGUCGCUGAGAAAUUCCAAAUGAACUCUUAGAUACUAAAAGUCACACACGAUGGAGAGAGGAGAUUAAGUCACUUGUGUUACAAAGAAAGUGAAAUGGGAAUAGAUGAGUCCCAAACAUUCCAUGAAAACAGAAAAAACACCCCACAGAGUUUUGUUUCCCCAACUCAAUCCUUCCAUUCCUUUUUCUCUUCUGCCUGUUCGGGCAGAUAUUUGAUGCACAAAGACAGAUUUUUACACUCAAAUGCAAGAUGUAGCUCUAUGUAGCAUUUCAGUCGGCAUCCUCGACUCUCAGGCCUGUAGUUUGACAGCGGCAGAUUGAGAAAAUGCAGCCAGCAGCAAAGGCAGAGCGAAUCAAAAUAUAUAUACUUAGCUACAGAGGCCACUGAUGUAGCAGCUGAUAUAAACAAUGUUCAUCAAGGCUCAGUCUCAGAACCAAUCGUCUGACCACAAUAUACACCCACUAGCCAGCGGUUAGCGAUAGACGACUUCCAGCUAAGGCUUCUUUUCCGUGCGCUGCAUUGUUUACAGUCCAAAAGUAAAGCGAAAAUUCCCCUCCAGAGCAUUCCUCCAAAAUAAAUACUUCCAGUUCAUUAUAACCCCCAGAGAAGUGUCUGUUUAUCUGUUUCUGACGAGUCUCAGUUUCACUGUAAACAGUAGGCCGCACAAAGGCUUCACUCUGGCUUUCUUUAGGGAUAUGAGUCCAAAAAUGAAACCAAUUCUCUUGUGAUUUACUUGCAAUUUAUGAACCAUGAUGAAGCUUUUUAGAGAGUAAAGACUUUGAUUGAAUUCCUUACUAAAUAAUUGGAAUUUGUGACACACCAUCAAGCAGAUUUAUAGCUCAGAGUUUUGAUCGGUAGCUGCGCUUGCAUGCAGAGAUACUAAAUAUUCAUCGUCUAAGAAUUACUCUUCAUACCUCAAACUCGACCUGUUGUUUAGUCUUGUAAGCUAUCUGUGUUUAUUUGGCGGUGGUGCAUGUCCUUCAAAGUACUAUACGACUUUAGCCGCUAGCUAACAGCAAAGCUAAUGACGUUAAGCUAAUGAGGUAUGAUACGUUUUUGAUUUGCGCUUUAUCCUGCGUGUCUUCUAGGGAUGGGCAUUUCAAGCCAAAAUACUAUUUGAUAAUCAUUGGCAUCUAUUCAACGAUUAUUCGAAUAAGCCCCCCCCCCCCAGCCCGCCCACACACACACACACACACACACACACACACACACACACACCUGUCCUAUUAACAGCCCGUUUGUGUGGCAGUCGCGUUAACCAGCAGCAGGACGAAGUGCUGCCAGUAGCGGGCACUGACAGCGUCUGUCUCGAUCUUUAUGGCGGUGUUUCUGUGACUCAACGUGGCGUGUCUGUUUACAUUUUACAGCCAUGCUCAGUCUCUGGAAAUACGUGUGUAGUAGCAUGAAAUUCAGAAACGGAGAAAAUCGCAAUGACUGUCGCUAAUGUUUUCUUCUUCUUUUGCUAUUUAAUGCAGUUAGCAUUCUUCUUCUUCUGUUUGCUAAUGCGGUUUGCUAACAGUUUUAAGAUGCUGUGUAGCCACCGUCUGGCGGGAAUACUGUAUUACAACCAUAGACUGUCAAAAAUAUGGACGUAGUAUCUGUGACGUCACCCAUCUGUUUCUGAAAGCUGUUUUGAAGCCAAUCGGGAGCGGCAGCCAUAUUGCUUCUGUCGAGCCAGUGUGACAUAAAGAGGCGGGCUUUGAGCCUCCUAGCCAACAGCUGCAGUGUUCCUGCAGGUAGCUGUGCCUCUCAUUGGAAGACUAGUAAUCUCAACAUCUUCGAAAUUGCCGAAUUAGAAAAAAAUUCACCCCCCUCACAGUGAGAGGACAUCAAGAAAUGAGCUAUUCAGACUACACUCAUCUUUUGUACCAGACCAAGAUCGUCUUUUUCCCAUUCAUGUGUAUGUGACUUCCGGUACUUCCGGAGCCAGCCUCAAGCGGAUCCUCAAUGAACUGCAGCUUUUAACACUUCCGCAUUGACUCAUAUUUUUAGACCGGAGGUUGCCGCUUGAUUACAACCAGGCACCAGGAAAAACAAUGAAAAAUUGUACUUUUAAAAUGAGAAAAUAUUCAAAGUAACUCUUCGAUUUUUAAUAAGUGAACGAAUAUUCAGAAAUCAUUGCCUAUCCUGAGUGUCUUCAUAAUGAAGGAUGUAAUCAGCUCUGAAGUAACAGAGAUCCAAAACCCAGUAGAUAUAUCAAGAUAUAAAAAAUAAUAGAGGUUUUUCAAUUUUUAAAAAAUGAUGUGCCAUUUAGAUGUCCUUUAUAGUGCUUCAAAGACAAGUACUCUAGAUUUUACGGUUAAUAAAUUGCAAGACUUUAAUCACAGAGUAGUGCUUUCUGCCUGCUUUUGCUCUCCAUACUUACAGUUUUUCCUGCAUGCACCAAAGCCUGCAGAUACCUGAUUGGUCAAUACUGCCGGGACAUCAAACGUCCGUCCUACAAACUGACACUACCACACCCCCCCCCAGACUUUAAUCCAGAUUUCCGCCACAUUAGUUUACAACCAAUCCCACCCCUGUCAAACUAGAGGCCUUUACCUUUAGACCGUCAAGGAUGCCGACCCACCUUCCACAGAGAAAGUUCCAGUCAUCACCAACACCAGAGUCGCCCACUGCCAACUUCCUGACACAGCCACUCGGCCGGUAUCCAGUUCCACUGUUUCAUCAACACAGUCUGUCAGAGGUCCAUACACAACAUGUCAACAUGUGUCACUCCUGAGUGUGUGUGUGUGUCAUAACUUUAUGCACACACACGGGGUCGAAUCACAAAGCCUUUCUUUACAGUAUUAAAGCAUUGCAAUAUAUGUCAAUACCCCAUCAGAUAUAUAGAAUGUACUCACAGCUAAAUAUGAAUAUUCAGGCCGUAGUUGUUACAUAUACAGGUAGGCUAUAAUACAUUUUAAUACACUAUUUAUUACUGGGCAUAACACUGUACACUAGGUUGUCCCACCUCAUUAAAGGCACUAUUUAUUCCUCCUUUGAUAUAUCUGUAUACAUAUGAAUAUAUACAUGUAUACUGUAUAUACAUAUUUAAGUGUUGACAUAUAUGAAUGUAAGAGCAAUGUGUAUAACGUGUAGGUAUCGUCAGUAAGUCUUUAUAUAUCAUGUUAUAUUUGUGUAUGAGCUCCUCCAUACUUUGUUUUCAGUUAAUCACAUGUACAUUGAUAUUUCCAUAUAAUGUACAUGAGACACAAAUAUGUUGUGUGUGAUUGUGAUGCUUCUGAUCACAAUUGUGGAAAACGUUGUUGGGUUUAUUUUAAGCUGAGCAGGGACACCGAGGCAUAAUCAUGGCGUUAAUGAAUGUUUCUGCAGUCUGUAGCUUCCAUGGUAAUCUUGUUUACUCAUAAUAUACAGCAAGAGGCAGGUGGCAGCAGAAGAUGGUUAUUGUUUAUCCUGCGUACAUGUCACCAUGUUCAUGCCAUCAGAAGUCGGCUCUGUAAAUGUUAAUAUAAAAGUUGUUUAUUUGCCUUUGGAAGAAAACGAAGGGACGCUCCAGCAACUCUUUUCGUUUCAAUGCAAUGUUUUAACUGCAAAACUCAACACUGAGGAACUUGCUUUGACCUUGAUCACUUCUAUUCGUACCCACGUAGAGACGACUUUACACUCUCCAGUAGAGGGAGCUGUUUCAGGAUAUGAUUCACAAUAAGGGUGUAGACAGCUGGAAUUUAAUCACAGAGAAUUAACUGUUUUUCCUGCCUGCUAAUACCUGAUUGGUCAACACUGCCGGGACAUCAAAAGUGUAUUCACAAAGAGACGACUUUACACUCUCCAGUAGGGGGAGCUGUUCUAAUGGUGGCAGAUUAGGGAAUUAGUGCUGAAAGUAAGGAUGAGCACUCAGUGAAGAAACCCACCCCACUACGCCCUUCACUGAUAAAUCUAGUACCCUACCCCAUGGCUCCUGAUGUCCCCCAAAGCCUGAGAUAGAAAGGACAGAUGGGGGAGUGAGAGCCAGCACAUCACUGGGGUUAUCAAGUGGGCUCCUCCCUUCACUGAUGUUUCAUUCAGUUCGUCCCACGACACCUCAGAGAGGCUAAACAGCUAACUGUGGUGGCCCAGAGCAACCCCCCUCCAUGCCAGCUCCAGCUGUCAACCAUAUCCACCAGCAGAACACCCCAAUUUACUAACUACAGGACUGUUCUAAUUAGGGAUGUAAGAUAUAUGAUAUAUGAUUCACUUUUCUAAAUUAGGAUGUCAGUAACCUCUUUUAUGUCUUAUGUUUAGAGACGAUAAUUCUAUUUCAAAAAGCCGCAAAAGUACUUCUGCUAAAUCAUAAAGCUAUGAAAGUAAAUGAAAACAGCUAGAACUGAUUUUUACGCUAAAUAAAUGGUUGUCAUAUUACAGUCGUAGACAGCUAGAAAUUGAUCACAGAGAAUUGCCUGCUUUUGCUCUCCAUACGAACAGUUUUUCCUCCAUCCACCAAAGCCCUCUUAUACCUGAUUGGUCAACACUGCCGGGACGUCAAAUGUCUUUUGACGUAGAGAUGACUUUAUACUCUCCAGCAGGGGGAGCUGUUGCAGGACAGUUUUAAUAGGGGCAGAUUAGGGAUGUAAGGAUACACAAUAUGAUUAACAAAAGUAAGAUUUUUUUACAAUUAGGGUGUCAAUAACCUCUUUAUGUCUAAGCUUAAGAGAAUAGAUCUCCUCAUAAGCGUAAUUUGACUUGCUUUUAUUCAGGAUAGUUUACUUCCUGUUUUUAUUUCAAAAAGGUGCAUUAGUACUUCUGCCAAAUCAUAAAGCUAUGAAAGUAAAUGAAAACAGUUAGAACUGAUUUUACGGUAAAUUAAAGGUUGUCGUAUUCCAGUCGUAGACAGCUGGAUUUUUUUUCUGCAUGCACCAAAGCCUGCUAAUACCUGAUUGGUCAACACUGCCGGGACAUCAAAUGUCUCUUCACUUAAAAGUUGCAGAAGUAAAUGAAAACAGCUAAAACAAUGAUCAGCAGAAAAAAGGUUUGAUGUAUUAGCACUGAGGGUAUUACACAACACCGUAAUGCAAUGUGAGAUCCCACUCUAAUAUCGCUCCGCUGAGGGAUCAAUAUCAAAGUACAAAAGCGAGAUGACAGUGGGGCUUCAUUAUGGCAGUGCUGCAAAAUAAAAAGGGUUUCUGUUACCUGCAGAGACAGAGUAAGAGCAUCCACUAGUUUAUUUUUAGCAGAUAGACAUCUUGGGUUAAAAAAGAUGGUCAGCAAGUAUGCUUUCGUAGGUGGGGCGCCCAGGUGUCGUGACGUAUCGAGGGAGAACACUGGGGGUGCAUCCUCAGCUGCAAAAUCUUCACGUGCAGCCACCCGUGUUUGCAAGCCUCUGCUCAGCUCCUGAUGUUAAGAGACGCAGUGACAAACAAGAAAAGCUGUGCCAGAUAUAGAGUUUGUUUUGGUUUCAGUCAAAUGAAAUCGACUUAUGAUAAACUGAAUAUCCAGCAGACUUGGACAGAUCCAAGAUGCCGUCAUCGAUCGGCCAAUCUCCCAAAUACAAUCUGAGAACAUGCAUUGAAAUGUCAAGUGUUGCUGCAGCUUCUGACUCAUGAGGCCACGAUUAAGAGCAAGAGAAUCAGAUAUUUCAGAGGGGGUUGGAAACCAAGGUGAACCGUCUAAAAAACUUGAACGAGUUCUGAUGUCUCUCAGCGGAGACUUCACAAGAUUGCUCUGACUCCCACUUCAUACACACAGGAUGUUCCCAUCCCACUCCCGACCCUGUCAUCCGGUCGUCAUAUACACUUGAAAAUGUUUCAGAUCUGCAGAAAGACAAACACUUGGGUUUUUUUCAUCCUGAGAGCACUGCUUCCUGUUUUUGGUGGCGUCUUUCAAGAUAAAAACAAGUGCAUGAGAACAUUUUCAAGCAGUGCAUGUUUUACACCACAUGAGCAUGAACCCCAAACCACACAACAAUCAAGUUGUCUCCUUUGAAUACAGGCAGAGAGGACCACUUACCUCUGUACCCAAACAUAAACACUAUACCGCCAAAAUACUCUUUAUCAAGUGACCUACUGUGCUCAAAAAAAAAAAAGCCUUUUCUACACGAGUAUGAUCGGCUUUUUUGUCUUUUUAAUGGACUGGGGUUUUAUUCAUACAACUGCUCUACAAUACUGCCCUCCUUCUGAAUACACAAAAAGCAACAAUGAGCUCUAACCUGUUCAGUUUAACUUUGAAUUUGGGUUUUUGGAAGUAAAAGAAUACUUCAAAUCGGUCCAGGAUGAGGGUAUGUACUUAAAGCAUCAACUGCCUACACCAACUUGCUUAUUUAUUCAACUGAAGUCAGUUCUCUUGCAGAGAUAAGGUCUGAUAAUCACUCUGUGGUAGCCCGACUAGCCAUGGUAGAAGUUUUCUGUCACUAUUUACAAAAAACGAUGAACUCUCUCGCCAAAGUCGACCUUAAAAACGAAGCUUCUAUGAUGGCUACAGCUGGCUUCUCACUCUUUAUAUGCAUUGAACAACAGAUAAACACUGCCACCUGCUGUCCAACAAAUCAAGUCCUUGUUUUUUUCCAGCUUUGGUUUCCAUAAAUGAAUAAAAACCCACCACAUGUUUUUAUAAGGAUUUUUUCUUCUUUGUGUGUAAUAUAAAAAACCCUGUAAUAUCUAUUUAAAGCAUUUUUCUUAUUGUUUAAUGAGGUACCAGCAUCAUUUUGGGGGUUAUACUCCAGGUACAGUACAAUGUAUUAUCGAGAAUGUCAUUAAUGUAUAUUGUUAUAUAUACUGAGUAUGUAACACGCACUAAGGCGAUGCUGAAUUGCUGCAUUUUACCGUAAUUAUUGGAAUACUCCAAAAGGACACUGAGAGAGUUACAAAUGAAACAUGGGGUCAAAUUUCUUUAAAAGUGAUGUUUUGUUAACUUUUGUUUGAAUUCUCCUGUUAAGAUGUCUUCUUUUUGGCUUUAUUUGAAUACUUUUGUACAGUAGCAAACAUUUUAAAAGUUCCUAAAAGUGUAUCAAGAUCUUCUUCUCCUGGUUUAACAUUAAGCUGAUUUAAGUACGUCAUUAUCCACGUUGCUUUUGCUGAGUCAGUCUUGGAGCAGACAGUAUUUGUGAGUCAUUAAUGAUAGUUUUUGAAUCACUCAGAGAGAGCCUGCUUUUUUUAUCCAACUGACUCACGUGUCCGGUGUUUGAACUACCUGUGACAAACCUGAGAUGUUAAACCCUCCAUGCUGACAGCUAAGGUCUCACAGCAUCUGGUUGGACUUAUGUGAAUUAUCUGUGAUGUAAUGAACUCAUUACAUGUGAGUGAUCCUCCUGAGUGACUCCAACAAACUGCAAUGACUCACAAACGCUGCCCGGUCCAGGUGAGGCGUCAUCCUGUUUUUCUUGCUCUCUGAUAAAACGGCUUCAAGAAGGAGUUUUAGCACAAGUGAGCCCACUGCCUGACUCCUCCGGGGGUCCAUUCCACAAGUCGACGUCUCGUCUCGCCACCUUCCUUCUUUUCUGCAGAAGUCGCAGAGGACGUUGUUGCGACGCUUCUUGGGUUGUUGUUGUUUUUAUAUCAUCGCCGCCGCCGCCGCCGGCAUCUCUACAAACGCAUCCCACCAGUACGGACACAGCACCCCACCCAAAGCCUUACAGUAAAGAUUGAUUCUUUGAUUGUUUUUCAGUUUGUGUAUCUCACUUCACGCAGCAGGAAGGGACGGCUCCCUUACUGAACGAGACAUUGUUGAAGUGCACUUGAUUUUAAAUUGCAAUGUUAUUUUUCUUACCUUGGAGAAGUCCCGUCUUUCUUAUGUUUGAGAAAUAAAUGGCUGAGGUAUUAA